AUGGACGAAGACGGAUUGCCAAUAGUCGGGUCUGGAGUCGAUCUCACAAAGGUUCCUGCGAUUCAACAAAGAAGAACUGUUGCCUUUCUUAACCAGUUUAUAGUGCACACCGUCAAAUUUCUAAAUCGAUUUUCUACCGUCUGUGAAGAGAAACUUGCAAAUAUAUCUCUUCGCGUGCAGCAAAUAGAGACCACAUUAUGCAUUUUGGAGGCCAAGCUUUCCUCUAUACCAGGACUCGAGGAGGUAACUGUAGAUGGAGUAGGUGUGCUGCAAAAUGCAAAAACAAAUGGCCUUCCUGUCAAUCAUAUGCAGACUGACCAUGGAGCAAAAUCAGAGGCUGUUGAACCUGAUCCUCCUGCUGCAGUCAAGGUAGAUGAGAAUAUACCUGAAGAAAAUGUUAAAACAGUUGCCAAGGAUUCAAGAUACGCCCGUUAUCUUAAGAUGGUUCAAGUGGGUGUUCCUGUAAUGGCUAUUAAAAACAAAAUGGUCUUGGAGGGUUUGGACCCCAAUCUUCUUGACACACCAGAUGCUCCUGUGCCUGAUGCAUCCUGUGGCAGCGCUGACGAUCAAGAUGUCCAUAGUUCCGAUAGUGAAUCCUCCUUUAGUGAUUAA